UGCGCCAAAACAGCAAGCCAAUUGGAUGAGGAAGUCUGAUUUAAUCAAGGCUUCUUCCUUCCUUUCUGUAACAUACAGAAUGUGCCCGCUCAAAGCACACACACACGUAUUUUUCUGCUUUUAAAAAUGCAAAACAGGCCUCUCCUGACUUCGUGCGGACUGCAGAUGCAGCACAGCUAAAACCUCCUCGGCGUUCCCCAGCUUUGCAAUGGAGCAGGACCCAGAGAGCACAGCAGACAGAGAGCUGUUGGAAGCUGCAAGCACGAUUGCUACGUUUUCUAUCGCAGCUCCUCCUGAUGAAGAACAAAGUCAACCCAAAGCUGAAAUUUCCUGUGAACCGAGCACAGAAAAUCCAGAGAAAGACGACCUCCAAGAUUCCAAAGCAUCCCUAAGUCCCAACUCUUCAAUGACCACUAAAGAGCUUCAGGAAUACUGGAGGAAUGAAAAAAGCCAGUGCAGACAGGUCAAACUCCUGUUUGAAAUUCCAUCAACCAGAAUUGUAGAGCACCACUUAUCUAAAUAUGUGAUGUAUAAAAUCAUCAUUCUGCAAACGGGAAGCUUUGACAGCAACAAGUCUGUAAUUGAACGGCGCUAUUCUGACUUUGAGAAACUGCACAAGAAUCUUCUGGAGGAUUUCAGUGAGGAAAUGGAAGAUAUGACCUUUCCAAAAAAAGCCCUAACAGGGAACUUCACAGACGAAAUAAUCAAUGAGAGAAAACUGGCCUUUAAGGACUACCUGAGGCUUCUGUAUUCAAUGAAAUAUAUCAGGAGAUCAAAAAAAUUUAUUGACUUUUUAACAAAGCCUGAGCUUCAGGAAGCAUAUGGCUGCCUGCGGGGCGGCCAGUACAACAAGGCUUUGGAAAUCCUGUUAGAAGUCAUCGGUCUGCAGGAGAGGCUGACCAGAGGCAACCCUGCUGCAACUGUCCCUACCCUCUGUGCUAUUGUGGUGUGCCACAAGGACCUGGGAAAUGCAGCAAGCGCCUUUGAAUACGGGGAAAAGGCUCUGUCACUCCUAUGCAUGCGUAACAGUCACAAGUACUAUAUCCCACUGCUAGAAGCAAUGAUCACUCUGGCAUAUGAGCUUGGCAAGGAUUUUUUGUCUUUGCAAGAGAAACUGGAAGAAUGGAAGGCAAAAAAAGAUCCUGUACGGGUUUUUUCCCUGAAAGAGCUUGCAGUUCGGGAAUAUGUAAAAUGAAUACAAGAAACAGUUUCAUUAAAGUACAAAGCUACCUGCUCCUUCUGAACACAAUAUCUUGGAAGAGUAAUGAACAGAAAUUACCUGGUAAGGUAACGUAACUUUAAGAAGGGGAAAAAAAUAAAUAUUUCUCAACAUGCUGGGAAAUUUCAUAUUUACUCCAGACCUAAGCUUAUUAAAACUGCUGGAAAUAAAUUCCUUACAGAAA